UCUGAGGAAGAAACGGAGUUAUUUAACACACUGUAUGGCCAGUGUGUUAGCCAAAGUUUAAACGCUGUCAAAAGUAUAGAACGGCCUUUCCCUCCUCUGACGGACAUAGUUUGUGUUUAUUCUGCCUGGGUGAGACCCACAUUACUGUGUCCUGUGCACACUGUCAGAAGUUUCUGAGACAAGCAAAAAGAAAUAGGGCAUCUCGUUUACACUUACACCUGUGGAAACAGGCUUUAUCGGCAGAAACUAUGGAGCACUCUGACAGCAGGGCGGUGCCUAAUCAUACUGAAUGGGCUAAAUCAGGUGAGGUGGUGGUGUUGCUGCCCGGAGGGCCUGGGACUCCAUCGGGGACUUCCUCUGCCUCCAAUUUGCUGGUUUCUGGUACGGUGCUAUGUCAAGCCCCUGAGGUGAAUCUGGCUAUCUGUGCGGCCCUGGUUACGAUGGCAGCCCCAGCGGGGCUGGCCGAUGUUCCCGCUGCCCCAACGAAGCACAAGAAAAAGAAGGAUAUGUCCGGUACUACGCCAGCACCGCAGGCAAAGCUGAUGUAGCUUCCAAAGAGCCGGGUAUCAGCGACUCCGAUUGCCGCACAUGCGCGAACUGCCGCCGCUCCGAGGUUUACAGAGCCUUCUACAGAGCUGGCAAAGAAGAAAACAAAGAAGAGGCAUGGCGAGCCCUGUUGGGACCGUUAGGAGAUGGAGCAUCAGGUGGCCGCAGAGAGUCUCUCCCCUCUCCGCUGACAGAGUGCUCUCUUGAAACCAGACAGUAAAACCACCCCCCAAUGACCGCCCUAGAGGGAGACUGCCUAGACGUCAGUGGGGCGCUGAUGACAGCAAUGCUCCUGCUCUGGAGUCUAAUUUUUCAGAAUCGGGCUCGGAACAUUGGGAGUCCGCAUACUCGGCAGAGGACAGUGGGCCCGAUCCCUACAUGCCUAGAGCAUGUGCUUACUCACCUCAUCACUCUAUAAAAUACUACCCGUCAUGUAACUAUGAUGAUACAGACGACAGUGAUCCUGAGGGCAUAGUGUAUAUGGGACAUUAUGGAGACUCAUAUAGAGCCCGGGACUAUCAGGAGCAUUCUGGAACCCCUAUUACAGACCAUCGUUCCUGUUCUGACUCACCAUAUCGGUAUGGGGAAAGGGAGAUCCCACAUUUUAGAAGGGGCCCCCUUCCAUAUAAGAGGUGCUGUUACCCUUCUUCUACCAGAGUGACGCCGAGUGCCUCCCAGGUACACUCCCUACCAGACCGCCGGGCCACGGACAAGGUCUAUUCCCGAUUUCCACCAAUGGCCCCUGUUCAUGAUACGAGUACGUCAGCUAGUGUACCAGCCACGUACAAAGGAGAUAAGCAUGGGUUAUCUUGUGCUCAACCUUCGGGGGGAGGUCAUCCAAACGUCUCUAGAUCCGGUCUGCCCGGUCCCACCUGAAAAGAUUUUGGAGUCCUCCGACUCUUCGUGCAAUUCUGAUCCAGAUUCCAACACUUCCUCCUCUGGUGAAGAUACUGUGGCUCCUAGACGUGACCCACAAGGCAAUGGGGUUGAGCCGUUAUCUCUGUCUGGGAAAUACAAGACCUUUCUAGCUUACGUGUCGAAAAUGGCUGGUGCGCUGGGGAUCCAACUGCAUGAGGUGGCUAAACCAUCUACAAACCCCUUGUUUGAUGUUCUAGAGGAGGGUUCGCCUCAGGUUGUGGCACUCCCUAUGAAUCAGGCCCUCUUGGACAUUGUACAGAGUUUUGGGGGGAAACCAUCAUCUGUCCAGGCAGUUUCUAGAAAGGUGGAUAAUCUAUACAGGAUACGCACAGAGGACACGAUGUUCCUGCAUAAACAUCCAGCGCUGAACUCUAUUGUUGUAGAGGUGGCACAGACAAAAUCUAAGAAUAAGCUUCUGUUUACUGCAGUGGACAGAGAGGGACUCCAGUUAGAUGCUAUCGGAAAAAGAGUGUACUACACCUCUGUGAUGCAGAUGAAAAUUGCAAACUAUCAGGCCUGCAUGUCCAGGUAUAACCUUCUCCUAUGGGAGAAACUAACAGAACACCUGGGAUCACUCCAAGAGACACAACGAGAGGUGAUCCUGUCUUUUCAAAAGGAGGGUUACAAGCGGAGCAAGCAACUCCUGCAUACUUCUAAGCAUACAACAGACUCCGCGGCCAACAACAUUCGUCAGUUAGCUCAACACAUUUAUGGCCAGGUUUGUCACCCGGCAAGGGAUGUCCAAAGAAUGUUAGGUUUAAUGGCCUCCACAACAGCCACAUUACUGACGGCCAGACUCCAUAUGAGACUGCUGCAGCGCUGGUUCCUUGAUGCCUUUUGGGUGUCGAGGGACCACAAUUCCAAAGUAUUGCGGAUCCCAGCUCAGGUACGCAGUACUUUGACUUGGUGGAUGAAUAUUCGGAACCUAGAGCAGUCAACUCCAUUCCAAAGGACUCCUCCGCAGGUCCUAGUGACGACGCCUCAGAGGAUGUUUUGGGUGCGCAUCUUCAAGAUCUUCGCCUGAACGGCCACUGGUCCAAGGAAGAAUCCCUCCACCAUAUAAACUACCUCGAGCUUCCGGCCGCAUUUAAGGCCUUAAAAGGUUUCCUCCCGGAAGUACAAGGCCGUCAUGUACAAAUAAUUACGGACAAAACCACCACCAAGGCCUAUAUCAACAGACAAGGGGGGACUGGAUCUUGGUCUUUGCUAGCUCUGUCUCUCGACCUAUGGCAUUGGGCCUUAGGCCAUCAGAUGGUCCUUUCCUCUAUUCACGUCAAAGGUUUAGACAAUUUCCUGGCCGACUCCUUAAGCCGCUCAAACAACGUGCCUCACGAAUGGAGAUUGGACCCAGAUGUCCUACAUACCAUCUUCACGCACUGGGGGAUUCCCGAUGUAGAUCUCUUCACAAGUGAGGACAACCGACAGUGCCGACACUUUCACUCCAGAGCGGGAGUUGGGAACGGAUCACUGGGAGACGCCUUCACGACUACCUGGUCCGGGAAAUUCCUGUAUCUAUUUCCUCCAAUCCCUCUUCUUCCGCAGGUUCUCCAGAAACUAGACCUAGACUCUGCAGACGGCAUUCUGAUAGCUCCGUGGUGGCCACGUCGUCCGUGGUUCCCACGUCUCCAGGACCUGUUGGGGCCUGUUCAUACGUCUUCCCCUCCUACCAUCGCUUCUGUCACUGCAGGGUGGUCAGAUUAUCUAUCCAGACGUAUAGAUGUUGUGCCUGACGGCGUGGAGAAUCCAGCCGUCUGGUCACCAGAAUUGACAGAGGUGUUGGCGGCUAGCAGGAAGCCAUUGACAAGGAAGUCAUAUGCAGCAAAAUGGAAACAUUUUACAGAAUUUUAAAAUUUGCCGAAUCCAACGCGUACCAAUCUGGCAGUGGUGCUUGCCUAUCUUUUAGAGCUAAAAAAGUCAGGACUCGCUCUAUCCUUGGUUAGAGUCCAUUUAGCGGCCAUCUCAGCUUACCGUGAGAUUGCUGCCCAGGGCCCCUCAUUGUUUACUUUGAGGGAAGUUAAGCAAUUCUUAAAGGGUUUAGCUCACCUGCACCCUGAUACACCCUUGAUUACAUCUUCCUGGGACUUGCAGUGUGUGCUAAAGGCACUAAUGGGUAAACCGUUUGAACCAAUGGCGACCUGUGACCUAAGACUACUGACUCUUAAGACAGCCGUCCUUGUCACUAUCACAUCGGUCAGGAGGGUGGGAGAAUUGUGGGCUUUACAAUGUGAUCCCCCUUUCCUAUUGUUUCAAAGGGAGAUCCUCUGGGAGCGCUCCAUAGCAGCGAGCACUCCAAAAAGGCAGAAGAGCGGCAAGUGGAGAAGGAGAGAAAUGAGGAGGCUUUUUUUUUUUAAGCAAACACAAAGCGUAAUAGCAGGGGGAAGGAAGGCUGACAAGAAACAAACAGGCUUACGAAGAUAGAGAGCAAAAAAACAGAGAGAGAAGAAACUGAAAGAGUUCUACCUAGAGCCAACGCAGGACUAAAAGAACUGCAGGUUGCUUACCUGUAACUGGAGUUCUUCUUGUGGUCAUCUGUCCAGUCACACAGAUGGGCUUCCACGCAAUGUGAGAAACAUCUGGGAAAAAACCUCACAAGCUAAUAAAACUUUCUUCCUUCAUGCUAAGUAGGUAGCUAGGCCCCACCUCCAGUACACCUAGGUCAUGUGACCCUCUCCCCCUCCUCAGUUCCAUAGUCAGCCGGGGCAGGCUGGGUGUGUGUGUGACUGGACAGACGACCACAAGAACUCCAGUUACAGCAAUUCAGGAACUUGAGGUUCAGGACUGCCCGCAGGGAGCCGUCCUUCUUGGGAACCAUGAACAAGAUAGAAUAGAUCCCACUGCAUAUAAUAGAAGCAGGGACGAGUUACAGGUAAGCAACCUGCUGUUUUUCUAAGUGGUCUCUGUCCAUCACACAGAUGGGCGCAUAGCAAGCUAUAAUUGUGGAGGAGGGGCAGUGACUGUUGCUGGUGUCUAUCUUGGUGUUUGUUUGUUUUUAGAAUGUGAGCCCUUUGGGGACAGGGAUCCAUCUUAUUUAUUUAUUAUUUCUCUGUGUAAACCACCCUGCUAAAUAAAGAGAAUCACCAUGGUAAAAGGUGCCUCUUUGCCCAGUUAGCAGGGGAUAUGAGGCUUGCCCAGUUAGCAAGUAGAUAUGAGGCUUCCUGCUGGAAGGAGUAAAAUUGUUGUUGUAGUUGUAAACUGCCCAGAGACUUGUGUUUUGUGUGGUGUACAAACAUGUUAAAUAAAUAAAAUAAAACUUGUUAGUCACCACCAAUGAUUUUCUGCUGGAUGUGGGCAGUUGCCAGUCAUGUUUAACAGCCUCUAUGAAUGAUUCUGGAAGGGGCAGUGAAAGGUCAUUGCUUUUGGGUUUGGGGAACACCAACACGCUUUUUGUAAGUGGUUGGGGAUCCUCGGGGGUGGAGAGUCUGCAGACCCAGGGUGGAAAUGGUCCUUGUCAUUAAUGGUGCAAAAUCAGGUAGUUAGAACAGUCUUUGGGAAUACCAUAUUGUCUAGGUUCUGUCCAUCAGGCCAUUCCCCGUCUUUCUUACCAGUGGGAUCACUGUCUGGGUCUCCUGGGGUGUCAUAAGUGUUCAUGUGCUCAAGCAGAUGAUAGGAGCCAGAUUGAGAGGUGUUUUGUUUGGGGCCACUGGAGGGGACUUCUGGGAUCAGGGGAUUCAGGCUCUGAGAGUUCCAAAGAGUGAAUACUGCCCUCCCACUGGUUAGAGACCUGUGGCAUUUUGGACUUUUUUUUCUUUGAAUUUUUGGUGUGUUUACAUUUUUGCUCAGAUUUUUUUUUAGGGGAGGGCUGCUUAGGCUCCAAGAAAGAUGAUGCUUGAAAACAUAUAUAAAAUACAUAGAACGCUUCAGAUCAACAAAAUCACUGUUUGUCUCAUUUCUACCUCGAAACACGGGACAACCGGCUUUUCUGGAUAUGAUCGCGAGGUGGAUCAAGGCCUGUUUUAGCCGUGGCCACGAAUCUCAAAACUUUGUUCUCCUACUCGCCUGCUCCACCAGAGCGGUGUCUACGUCUGCUGCAUUCUCCACGAAUGCUCUGGUUCAUGAAAUAUGCAGGGCAGCCACUUAGGGGGCCCUCUCUAAAUUUACCAGACAUUAUAGCAUGAAUGGUUAUGUCUCAGUGCAAGCAGCAUUGGGUAGAAUGAUACUCCAGCACGUUCUUCCUCCUGAGAAGGCAUGGGUGCUCCCGCCUGAACUUGUGGAUAGGGCUGUGUUAUGUCCCAUUCUGAGAUGUCCUCUGAGCCGGCAGCAGAAAUCGGAGCAUUGGUCACUUACUGUGAAGGCUGCGUCUUGCUGCUGGAUCCAUGGAAAACUCGACCCUCCUGGCAGGGCACCUACGUCUAUUUUUCAGGAUGCUCUUCACCUAGCUGAGUUUCCCCCCACACGAUUAAUUUUGGGCACUGCUUGUGCUCAUCUAUCAGUUCUUAAUGUUACCUUUGCUUCUUGUUAGUUCUCUGUGUUCUCUCAGGUUCCUAUUCCACUUCUUGGCCUUAAAGAACUGGGAGGGGUUAUCCUCCCCAGGCUCUUAAAGGUGCUUCAACUAAUUUGCAUAGUCCUGCCUUCUAUCCAUGUGGAGAGGAUAACAGGGCCACAUGUAGAGGAUAACGCGGGGCAGGGCCUUCUCUGUUGCUGCCCCCAGACUCUGGAAUGCUCUCCCAGUGGCUAUUGACUCCUCUGUCUCCAUCACACUUUUUAGAAAGCGUGUUAAAUCUUGGCUUUUUACCCAGGCUUUUAUAUGAUUGUCUCUACUGCUGCUUCUUUGUAUUUUGUACAGUUUUUAUGCUUGUAUUUUAAAUCUUUUUAGUCAGAUUUGUUUUAUAUUUUAGUUUAAUAUUUUAAUCAUGUCAUUUUUAUAGUCUUGUUUUUAAUUUUUGUGUAAACCACCUUGGGAUUGUUUUAAUGAAAGGUGGUAUAUAAAUUUAACAAUAAAUAAACCCAUUCUUAGAGGUCCUCUGAUCCAGCAGCAAGACGUAGUCUUCAUGGUAAAUGACCAAAGCUCAGUUUACUGCUCUCAGUUGAAUCUGGUAUACUUCUGAUGGAAGAGAAUUUCACAGGCAGUUAGCUGCAGUUCCAUUUAUGGUAACCAAGACUAUUCAUUAUACCUCCAGCAUAUGCGGAGGUACAUAUGGGUGAAGAUUCUUAUAUGGGUUGGAUAAGUGGAAGAGAUGUGUUCCUUGCCCAGUCUUUCAUGCAGGGGAUGUACAGGUAGAUCGAUGUGAGAGCAGCACCCUUGACGGCCUC